AUGGUGCUUGCCACUUUCAUUCUUGUUUGCACCCUCCUUCUUUCGGUCCCUCUGGUCGGGUUCCCGAUCUAUGUGAGGACUCCACCCCUGAGAAGGGUAGAGAAUUCAGGCCUUGACAGCUUGGAGGAGUUGGUUCAAUCUCGUGAGAAUAAGGAAAUCUUCACGAAGUUGCUGUUUGCUGAUAACGCGUUUUAUGAUAAGGAUGCUCAAACCUUGGGUACAUUGGACUGGGUUCCAUACCAUCAAUAUCAACGCCAACCUUACGUUGCCAACGGCUAUUUAGGAAGCAGAAUCCCCAAUUUGGGUCAAGGGUUUGCGUAUGACACAUUAAACAAUGGCACUGUUGUGGACCCUGGAACACCUGAUGCUGAGCUUCCUUCUGAUUUACUGAAUGGGUGGCCUUUAUUCAAUCGGAGAUACUCGGGAGCCUUUGUGGCAGGAUUCUACAACAUUCAGGAGAAUACCACCCUGACUAACUUUCCAUGGCUUUUGCAGGAUGGAUACGAAAGUGUAGUGGCGGCUGUUCCUCAAUGGACCUCCUUGACGUUGAGCGCCAAGGUAGGAGGAAAGGCCUACUCUUUGGAUCCCAGCAAUGACCCUGCAAAGUUUGGCGAAAUUACAAACUAUGCCCAGAAUUUGUCCUUGGCCACUGGAGUUGUCACUACGUCAUUUACUUGGUUAGGAUCGUUGCAAGUUACUUACUCGGUUUUGGCCCAUCGUAGCAAAAUCUCGUUGGGACUCGUCGACUUGAAGGUGCAAAAUAUUGGUGGAAACAACAUUACCGUUGAUGUGCUUGACUCUUUGGAUUUCGAAACUGCUCAGAGAGCUCGCUUUCAGGAAACCUCAGUCGAUAAAUCAAGCAAAGCGAUAUACAUGCUUUAUUCGCCCAACGAUAUCGAUUACGUCUACGGAGCUACUUAUUCUGCCAUUCGUUAUGAUAAAUCCGAAGCUCAUUGCACCGGAUCUGAAUUCACAACCAGUCACUACUCGCUGGGCCAGCGCAUCACAUUUGAAGUGCCAGAAGGAUCUUCAAUUGAGGCUACAAAGCAUGUGGGUGUGGUGACAUCCGAUUUGGAUCCAAACAAAUUUGGCUCCUUUGAUGCGGUGCUACGCGAAGCUCGUUCUGUGGCUCUUGAAAAGGAGCUGUUUGAACUGCUUCUUGAAAGUCAUGCUAGCGAGUGGUCGAAGACUGUCGAUGAUGGCCUCAAAGUUGAGUUCCCUGACGAUCCGCUUUUAACACUAGCCGCAAGAGCUUCCAUCUACCACUUGAAUGCAAACACCAGAGAUGAUGCCUCUGGACUCACAGCUGCAAUGGGUGUAACCGGCCUUUCGUCUGACUCAUAUGGCGGCAUGGUGUUUUGGGACACAGAUCUCUGGAUGAUGAACGGACUUCUUCCGUUCAGCCCUUCUCACGCUCGUUCUUUCGUCAAUUAUCGUCUUCACACCCAUGAACAGGCUCGCAAGAACAUCGAAAGUGAUUAUGCCCCAAAGAAAGACAUGCAUGGCGCAGCUUUCCCAUGGACCAGUGGUAGAUUUGGCAAUUGCACUAGCACUGGCCCUUGCUUUGACUACGAGUAUCAUAUCAAUAUGGCUGUUGCUAGCUCUGCAUGGGAAUUAUUCAAGAGUGGAGCAGUCGACGAUUACUUUUUGGAGCAUCUGGCUUACCCCUUGAUCAACGACGCCGCUGCCUUCUUUGCUGACUAUGUUGAGUACAACGAAACAUUGCAAGCGUACACAACACAUAAUUUGACUGAUCCCGAUGAAUACGCUAAUCAUGUUGACAAUGGUGCUUAUACCAAUGCUGCUAUAUCUGCGACGUUCAAGUGGGCCGCUGCUGUGAGCGAGCAUCUAGGAAAGCCGGUUCCAAAGGCUUACAAUGAUAUCAUGAAUAAUGUGCAUCUUCCAAGAUCUGCUGACGAUCCAAAUAUCAUUUUGGAGUUUACUGGCAUGAAUUCAUCGAUUGGCAUUAAGCAGGCGGAUGUCGUUAUGAUAACAUAUCCAUUGGAAAAUGAAAUGAUUACCCAGGAACUGGCAAGAGCAAGUAUGGAGUAUGCCUCCAUGAAGCAGGUGAGCUUCGGGCCCGCCAUGACGUUCCCGAUCUUUUCGAUUGUAUCAUCUGCACUUCUGGAACGAGGCUGCUCCGCUGAUACAUACCUUGUCAAAGCUAUUCAGCCAUUUUUGCGAGGUCCUUUCGCUCAGUUCUCUGAGCAGAACAGUGAUGACUACUUGACCAACGGAGGAACUCACCCGGCAUUCCCUUUCAUGACGGCUCAUGGCGGUUUCCUUCAAGCCAUUCUCCAGGGGCUUUUGGGUCUUCGCUUCUCCCACAAAACUGAGGAUGGAAAAAUCAUUCGCUUCCUUAAAUUGGACCCCAUCAAACUCAAAACUCUCCCCAGCGGAGUGUAUUUCGAUGGUGUUCACUACAUGAAUCAAACCUUGUCCUUCAAUUUGACCUCCGACGGAUUGCAUGUGAUGCAUCAAGGUCCUAUGAAAGGCCUGAAACCUAAGAAAAUCAAGAUCGAGUUGGGCUCACGUAACCCAGAUGCUGGUGAGCAUACUCUUAUGCCUGGAACCGAUGUUCACUUCAAUCUUUAUGAGACAACUGAAUCGUUCCAAGAUAGUCUUUCCGAGUGUGGUAAAGCAAUCUUCACGAAUAUAACUGAGUGUGCUCCGGGCGAUUCGACUGUGUUAGCUAAUGAUGGAGAUAACACCACCCAUUGGCAAGCUAAAACCCCGGAGAAAAGCAAAAUUUUGAUUGACUUCCGUGAGGUAGUUGAAUUGCAAAACUGUUCAAUCAACUGGGGCGACAAGCCUCCACGUCUGGUCUCUCUCUCUGCCGCAGCUCAGGAUUUGAGCUCCGAUCAUCGUGAUUUGCUUGAUUCGAUUGACUUUUUGAGCCAUGUCGAUUUCAACACUGAUUUGCCGGAGAAAUACAAAUUCAACAAUCCGACUGGAAAGCUUUACAAACAGCAGAAUAUUUUUGCAACAGUCGCAUCCACAUCAGUUGAAGUUAAUGAGCCAUUUAGGCCUAAGGAGGAAGCGUUGAUCGUCUUACCCUCGCGGCACAAUACCACGGAUUUGACACUUGAUGCACCCAUAAAAACCAGAUUUGCUUUGCUCGAAUUCGAAGGUGUUCAUGAUAAAACUUCUGACGACGAUACGAACUCACAAAAAGGUGCUAAAAUUUUCGAACUCAACUUCUUUUGA